UAUUAAAUAAACCCUUCAUGUUUGUUUAAUUGUUCCCUCAAAAUUCGUUUGAAAACUGAAGAAUAUCAUUUGAAAUCACUUGCACCCAAACAUGUAUUCCUAUAAUAAUGUACUACUCCAGUGAAUACGGCAAAAUAGUGUAGCAAUGAGUUGAAUUGGUCGCUUUUAACUUUCACUUCUAUGUAGGAUUGAUACAGUGGAAUUCUUUGGGCGAGGACUGGCCCUUCUCGCAAACCAACCCUUUUCACUAACUAAUUCCACUCUAGUCUUUCUAUAUAUUCCACGUCAACUGGCGUUUCAGGCGGUUCAAUACGUGGAAGUUAAAGAACGAAGUACAACACACUCUCCUUAGAGAAUCAUCGUAUUACCAUCUCUACUUAUAAAGGGAGAUUUUCUUAAAACUUAUUGCUUACUUUCCAUUAAUAUCAUUGCUUCCUUAUCUUGGCCUAGCAAUUCACAAUGAGUCUCCUUUUCAUUUUCAAAUCAUUAAUAUUAAUAUUCUCCCAGAUUCUACUUCUUGUUUCAGCACAAGAUGUAGGAUGCUCAACCUCCUUUGAUUGUGGAUAUCUUGGCCAGAUUACCUUCCCUUUCACAGUCACACAACACCCCAACUGUGGCAUAUUGGCCAUAAGUGGCUGUGAUCUUAAGGAUCCAACUGCUCCAAAAAGUAUCCAACUAAGCAAGACACCGUCAGAAGAACAGUCUUUAAUAGUUACAUACGUGGAGGGUAAUACCAUCACGGUCGCAGAUGAAGCUCAACGACAUAAUUUGAAAUUCAAAAGUUGCCAAGCCUUUCACAAUUUUACUGUUCCUCCCACUUCUCCUUUGGCUUCUUUCUUCGUCAAAAACAACAAAACUAUGUUCAAAUGCAAUCAAUCUCUUAAUGUACCCAGUCCCAAAUUAUUUAAUAACUACACAAACUGUUCCGGUUAUAAUAUCUUCUAUGAAAACCAUGAAAAUGCUGUGAAACAUCGUGGUUCCAAAGAACCGAGCUCUUUGGCACAGUGUACAGUGUUUCAGGUUGCAAUAGGAGACAUAGCUACUGAUGACCCCUUUGAUUUUCUAUCUCCUUCAAUCAUAAUUGAAGUACAAUUAUCUGAUGAUUGCAACAAGUGCCGUCGCCACCAAGGGGGGCGAUGUCAACUAGAUAGUCACAGAAAGUUCCAUUGUGCCCAAGAGGAUAAAGGAUUGGCAUGGAAGUUAGGACUUGGUAUUGGACUCCUUGGCAUUACUAUAACUGGGUUGCUGAUUGUAUGGCGCUGCAAACCACGUGUUCCUGAUUUCCACUCAAAUAAAUUCCCAGAGAGUGCUAGUGUCUACCAUGGGGUGCCAGUCUUUUCAUUUAAGGAUCUUGAAGUAGCAACAAAAAAAUUUGACAGUUCAAGGAAACUUGGAGAAGGAGGAUUUGGGACUGUCUAUUAUGGAAAGCUCAAAGAUGGACGUGAAGUUGCUGUGAAACGCCUGUAUCAGCACAACUUUAAGCGAGUUGAACAGUUCAUGAAUGAAAUCCAGAUCCUUACUCGCUUGCGUCAUAGAAAUCUAGUUUCUCUCUAUGGCUGCACUUCACAUCAUGGUCAUGAACUAUUGCUUGUAUAUGAAUACAUUUCAAAUGGAACUGUUGCCAGUCAUCUGUAUUGUGAAUCAACGAAUCCCGGCUAUUUGCCGUGGCAUAUCCGAAUGAAAGUUGCCUUAGAGACUGCUACUGCUUUGGCAUAUCUCCAUGCUUCUGAAAUCAUUCAUCGUGAUGUGAAAACAAAUAACAUUCUCCUUGAUAACACUUUUUGUAUUAAAGUUGCAGAUUUUGGACUGUCAAAACUGUUCCCAGAUGAUGUGACACACGUCUCCACAGCUCCACAAGGAACACCAGGUUAUAUGGAUCCAGAAUAUCAUCAAUGCUACAGGCUUACAAGCAAGAGUGAUGUUUACAGCUUUGGGGUUGUGCUUGUUGAGCUGAUAUCAUCUAUGCCAGCAGUUGAUAUGAGUAGAGAUAAGGAUGAGAUAAACUUGGCAAAUCUAGCCAUAAGGAAGAUUCAAAAAAGUGCAAUUAGUGAGCUUGUGGAUCCUUCCCUUGGUUUUGAUUCAGAUAGCGAUGUUAAAAGGAAAAUAGUUUCAAUAGCAGAAUUGGCUUUUCAGUGUUUGCAACGGGAUAAAGAAUUGAGGCCCUCAAUGGAUGAGGUUUUGGAGGUGCUGAGGAGAAUUGAUAGUGGGAGUGAGAGGGGUGAGUUUGGACAUGUAGAGGAAGUAAUAGCUCGUGGAGCAGGGAUGUCAUGUAUCGAUGUACAUCCACUGUCGCCACUUUCACCCGACCAUGUUGAGGUGAAAUUGUUGAAGAAUAACAAGUUAACUCCUUCUCCUAAAUCCAUGACAGAUAAAUGGGAUAGUGAAUCCACUACUCCUAAUAUCAGUGGUCAAUCCGAAAGUAAUAUAUAACCCUUGUAACUUAAACCUUGUAUUUUUCAGAAGAUAAUGAUAAAGAUUUCAUCAACACUUGUUAUCUAGUUGUUAUUGUAAAUUACAUUUGCUGAUCCAAAGAUUAGCCAAAAAGA